AUAGCGUUUUGAUUACACGUCAACAUUUUUACAUGCCAACAAAUGCCCCAAUCAUCAAAAAUCCAAGCUAGUCCAAGCGUGCAUUUCUCAGUAGCUUCUGUUCAAUCGACGCGACAAUUAGUUGUAAGCAAACUUUGCACCUCGAUGGGUCCAUUAGAGGUGCACGGAGUACUGUUACGAAUACUAUAUUCCCGUCCAUCGAACAUUGUGAUUCUGUUGAUUCUCGACGCUAUCAUAUGGUUGCAACGACCCGACAUAGUGGAUUUUCACAAUCGCGUUCAAGAUAUCCCCCCGCAGUUCAUCUACGAUGUGUAUGAUUUCAUAGUUGUGGGAGGAGGAAGUGCCGGGGCGGCGGUUGCCGCCAGGUUGUCGGAAGUUUGUGAUUGGAAUGUGCUUCUGCUGGAAGCUGGGCAAGAUGAAACGUAUCUUUCGGAUAUUCCAUAUCUUUACCCCACCUUGCAGAAAUCAAAUUUGGACUGGAAGUUCGAGACGGUUCCGGAUAGCAGCUUCUGCCAAGGAAUGGAAAAUAAAAAAUGUGCUUGGCCUCGAGGAAAAGUGCUCGGCGGGUCGUCCGUUCUGAAUGCGAUGAUGUAUGUACGAGGUAAUUCGGAGGAUUAUGACGAGUGGGAAAACUUAGGCAACGUUGGCUGGGGUUGGAAGGAUGUGUUGCCUUAUUUUAUUAAAAUGGAAAAUGUGCGUGAUCCGAAAAUUGCCGACAAACCAUGGCACGGUACUACAGGGCCCAUGACGGUUGAAUUGUUUAGAAAUCGCUCGGUUUUGGAACAAUAUUUCAUCGAAGCCGCGAAACAUUUAGGCCACGAAAUCGCAGAUGAAAUGAACGGCCCCGAUCAAAAUGUGUUCGGCCCUCUUCACGGAUCUAUAAGAGACGGAUUGCGUUGUAGUACUGCCAAAGCUUAUCUGCGACCUGUAUGGAAACGACCGAAUCUACACGUAUCGAUGAAUACAAUGGUGGAGAAAAUUUUGAUUGACCCUGGAGACAAGAGAGCUUAUGGCGUAAAGUUCACCAAAAACAAUCAACACCACUAUGUUAUGGCACUAAAGGAAGUGAUUUUAUCAGCUGGUGCUCUCAACAGUCCACACCUACUGAUGCUCUCUGGUGUGGGACCGAAGGCAGAGCUGCAGGCACAUGGCAUUGAAGUAAUCCAUGAUUCCCCAGGUGUUGGAAAAAACCUUCAAGAUCAUGUCGCAACAGGCGGCGUAACUUUUCUUAUUGACAACCCGUAUAAAAAUGGAUCACUUUCAGUGACAAUAUUCGAAUCAACGUCUAAAACUGCGGUUCUGGAUCUCGUCUUCGACAAUAGUGGAACUUUGAUGGAUAUGCCGUCUUGCCAGUUGAUGGGAUUCAUCAACACAAAAUUCCAACCAGAGGGCAGCAAGCGUCCGGAUAUUCAGAUAUUUAUGUCUGCCCAAUCAGAUUUGUCUGAUGGAGGCGCUUGGGCUGCCUAUGGUUCAUCACUUUCGUACAACUACUACGCUCAAAAUUUUGAGCGCUGGAUUUUCCAUGACUCAUUUCUCGUCAUGCCACUGGUUAUGAGGCCCCAGAGUCGAGGAUAUCUGAAGUUGAACAGCAACGAUCCUUAUGACAAGAUUCUUAUUUAUCCUAAUUACUUCUCCGUCCGGCGUGAUAUGGAUGUGAUGAUCGAAGGUUUGAAGUAUUGCGUGAAACUCGCACAAACUCCUGCCCUGGCGUCAUUGAAUCCUAAAUUCAUAUACGAUGUGGCUCCUUCUGCCACAUGCCAAAACCAGGAGGGUGAUAGUUUCUACGAGUGUUUGGUGCGUCACUUUUCCCAGACGAUUUAUCACCCCGUGGGGACUACAGCUAUGGGCCCUAAAACCGACAAAAUGGCUGUAGUUGAUGCCCAAUUGAGAGUCUAUGGAGUCGCCGGCUUGCGAGUAGUCGAUGGAGGAAUCAUGCCAACCAUAACGACGGGAAACACUAAUGCUCCAAUAAUAAUGAUAGCGGAAAAGGCGACCGACUUGAUAAAAGCUGAUUACCUCCCGCAGCUUCUAAAGCAACAGGACCUGAAACCAUGUGACACGUACAAUUAUGAGUAUCAUUGAGAUAAAAUGGUUUAUCAAAAUGUUAUAUAAAUAUAUAAGCUACAACAUAGAUCGAUUUGUGAAAAUAAUUCGUUUCAUCUAUCUCUAGUUUUCGUUAUGUCUUUGCUCACUUAUAAUUGAUGCAAAAAGCGUCUGUUCACUCAACAUUCAAA